AAAAAUGCACCAAGGACAGCAGGACCCGAGCUCUUCAGGGGAGCUCCAGUCUGAAGAUGUCACUGGACCGGUGCGUCAGAAGGUCUGGGAGCCAACUUUCUUCUAUAAAGCUGACCAGGAGAUUCACUACUAUGCUGGCUAUGAAAUCAAGGUCCAGGAGUCUUUCGACUCACAUGGCGCCAUCAUAUGGCCAGCGUCACUGGCUCUCUGUCGGUAUCUGGACGUGAACCGAGAGACUCUUGACCUAACAGACAAAGCAGUGUUAGAGAUCGGAGCAGGAACCGGUCUGGUGUCCAUUGUGGCCAGUUUACUGGGUUCUUGGGUGACUGCUACUGACCUACCUGACGUUCUGGGGAACUUGCGAAGCAACUUGUGUAGAAACACAAGGGGGCGCUGCAGAUACACACCCCAAGCUGCAGCACUGUUGUGGGGCUACAACCUGGAGCAAACCUUCCCGCGCUCUGUCUACCGAUACGACUACGUGUUAGCCGCGGACGUGGUUUAUCACCAUGACUUCUUGGCCGAGCUGUUGGCCACCAUGCGGCACUUCUGCCAGCCGGGCACGACCCUAAUCUGGGCAAACAAGAUCCGCUUCAGAUCCGAUCUAGCAUUUAUUGAGAACAUGAAGCAGGAUUUCAACAUAAAGUUACUAGAUGAUACGGACGGAAUUAACAUUUACUCCGCCACUGCAAAGGAAUUACAGGAAGAAAGAAAAUUCCCAACAAUGGAAGAAAACACUAAUGAGCAAGAAAUGAAGAAUUGUCUAGAAGAGGUUACGUUACAGGACAUCCUCCAAAUACAACAUCAGCAUCCUGAAGAGGUUGAGCUGACUGUAUAUGAUGAAAAAUAUAAAAUUCAGGAACUGAACGGAGAUCCAUCUGUUAAACAAGCUGAGAGUGACAUGACAAAUGACCUGGAACAAUCAAUGACUAUAAAACAAACAAAUAAGAACACAGGAGGAGACGAUUUUACAGAAAUUGAAGAGAAGAACUUUCAAAACGAUCCUGAUCCUCACUCUCAAUCACCCGCUGUCGAUCCAGGAUGCCCAGAGCCGAAUGGACACGUGGAAGCUCGGCAGUCCAGGGUCUGUUAUAUACCCGGAAAAGAGAUUCACUACUUCAUGGGUCACAAAAUCACCAUCGAUGAGUCUCUUGAUUCUUAUGGUGCUGUGAUAUGGCCAGCGGCAGUCGCUCUGUAUGACUUCCUGGAAACUCCAGCUGGACAAGAGCAAAUUAAUCUCCUGGACAAAACGGUUCUGGAGAUCGGAGCUGGCACUGGUUUACUCUCCGUGGUCGCAACGUUGCUCGGUGCCAAAUUAACAGCCACAGAUCUGCCAGAAAUCCUGAGUAAUCUAAGAUUCAACCUGAAUCGGAACACCAGGAUGCUGCGGAGACACGAACCUCAAGUUAUGGAGCUGUCCUGGGGUCACAAGUUAGAAGAAACAUUCCCACAUGGAACGUACCACUAUGACUAUGUGUUGUCAGCAGAUGUGGUGUAUCACCACGACUUCCUGCACGAACUUCUGGUCACCAUGCAUCAUUUCUGCCAACCUGGCACGACUCUGAUUUGGGCCAACAAGAUCCGCUACCGGUCUGACCUGGUGUUCCUGAAGAACUUUGAGGAAACCUUUCACACCUCACUGCUGGCAGAGCUGAACGAGAUCAGGAUUUACAGCGCCACGUACAGAAGAGAGAAACUGGACUUGCACAAGAAUGGCAAAGAAUGGAGAGUAAAUAAGAACUAAAAGUUUACAUUUACAUUUUAUGCAUUUUGCAGACACCUUUAUCCAAAGCGACUUACAGUACUGUUACAGUACACAGUCUGAGCAAUUGAGGGUUAAGGGCCUUGCUCAAGGGCCCAACAGCAGCAACCUGGCGGUGGUGGGGCUUGAACCAGCGAUCUCUUGAUUACUAGUCCAGUACCUUAACCACUAGGCUACGGCUUAGCUGAUUUGAUGUGCUGUAAAAUAAAUGUUCGAUUUCAUUCAA